AUGGCGGAGCAAGCGAGAGAGGACACGGCUGGGGCGGCGCCAGUGCUUGCCGCGCAUGCCGCACCGUACCCCAAAGGCGUGGUCCUAGACAAGGACGGCAAGCCGUGCCGAUCAUGUACAUCUGGCGCUGCGUUUUCCGCGUGGGCCGCUCAAGCCAGGCAAAAGGUCAAGGGCGACACGACCGCGACCGCCGCAACAGCGCCGCCGCCGACGACGACGAGAACAACAACAGCAAUAGCAUCAACAGAAUCCGACCCGCGCGCCGACUGCCCGCCCGACGUAGAGGUACUAGGCCGCAGCUCGUGGACGCUGCUGCACAGCAUCGCGGCGACGUACCCGGAGACACCGUCGCGGACGCAGCAGGCAGACCUACUACGCUUCGUGGAUCUCUUCGCCAAGCUUUACCCGUGCUGGGUGUGUGCUGAGGACUUUCAGGCGUACGCGGCGGCGCGCGUGCCACGGGUAGCCAGCAGGGACGAGUUUGGCAUUUGGCUGUGCGGCGCGCACAAUGAGGUCAACAGGAAGCUGGGCAAGAAGGAGUUUGACUGCUCAAAGUGGCUGGAGAGGUGGAAGACGGGGCCUAAGGACGGGCGAUGCGAUUGA